CCGUACUUUGUAUUUUCUAGCCACGUACCUAAAUACCUUAUGUACGUACAUAACUUACUUCCGGUCCCAGAGCGCACGCAACGCAACGCAACACCAGCGCCGGCGUCGGCAGCCGGCCGGAGGCGACGGCAGGGACGGGCACGGCGCAAUUACUCAUCCACCACCGUUGGUGUAACCCGUUCAACCCCGUCAUCGUCAGACAAAGCCCAUUGUCACAAUUAUCUCACACCGUGUCUCUUCGUAUUCCCUUGCCCCUCCAACGUCGGAACACUGAUAUAAAACGUCCGGCAGCUUAACCCGGUGCCCCCCCCCCCCUUCCCGCGCAACCCAAUGUCCGCCACCCCCCCUUUGAUGCCCGAGCUGCCCGUGCUCACAGACGACGCCUCCAUGCUCACCAAGCGCUUCGGCAAGGAGGUCAUAAAUUACUACGCCGGCAGCCGCCUCAACCGCUACUCGUUCCUGCGCUCCGACUCUCUGUUCCUGCGCGCCGCCGUCGCCAGCCCUUCGGCGCGGUUCCUCGCCCUGCACGACCUCGCGCCCCUCGUCGCCGACAAGCGCACCCCCGCCUUCCUCACUUACGACGACGUCAAGCCCCUGAUAGGCAGCGAUGUCUUCGCCCUCAGCGAUGCGGACGCUAUCAGGCAGUUCGACUCAGCCGUGAGGAGACCUCAGGUCGUCUUUCUCGGCACCCUCGAGGGCGGCGGCGGCGGCGAACAGGACCCAGAGUUUGAGACGGAGAAGCACGGCGGCGUCAGAGGGCAACCAUUCUUCGCCGUCGACGUGACUCCCAAGGGGCCCUAUGCCGACGCCGCGUCGGCGCUGCUAAAGAAGCAGGAGGAGACAGGCAUGAAGCUGCAGACGGACUCGCGGAGCAUGACGCUUCACGCCGAAGCCGCAUCCAUGUACGCCCAGGCGAGAUCCAUGAUGGACUGGAACGCCCGCCAUCCGUUCUGCGCCGGCUGUGGCACGCCCAACCUGUCCAUCGAGGCCGGUUACAAGCGCACCUGUCCGCCCACCGACUUCAGGGGUACGUCGGAAGCCCACGCCCGCGACGACUGCCCGACCCGGCACGGUGUGUCCAAUGUUUGCUUCCCCCGCUCCGACCCGACCAUGAUUGCCGCCGUCGUGUCCGCCGACGGCCAGAGGAUCCUGCUCGGCCGCCAGACCCGCUACCCGCCCCACUGGUACAGCACCCUCGCCGGCUUCCUCGAGCCCGGCGAGUCCGUCGAGGAGGCCGUCCGUCGCGAGGUCUGGGAAGAGGCCGGCGUGCGCGUCGGCCGCGUCGUCAUCCACUCGACUCAGCCCUGGCCGUACCCCUCCACGCUAAUGCUCGGCGCCAUCGCCCAGGCGCUGCCGGGCCAGGAGGGCAUCUCUCUCAACGACCAGGAGCUGGAGGACGCAAGGUGGUUCACCGUGGACGAGGUGCGCGACGCCCUCGGCAAGGGCACGAGCGCUCUGAGCGGCCCGACACCAGAGGGAUACAAGGAGGGUAGCCUGCGUGUACCACCACCGCAGGCCAUUGCCAACCGUCUCAUGACCGCCGUAGUCGAGGGUUACGUGUCGGGCACACCCAAGAUAUAACAGACGGUGUGUCUAUGUAGCAUCUGGCAUUUAAAUAGCGUCCGUAUUCUUUAAACCAUGCAUACUACCGCCGUGGCAUCUGUUUCAUCUCUUCGAACUGAUGCCCGUCGAGCUUUGGUGUGGGCAACGGCGCGAUGUAUCCUCGUUCGUAGCGUGCUAGCCAGACUGC